CAGCCAUUGCCAUCCAUCUGCUCUCAUUCAUUUUCUCGCACUAGUAAAAGAAAGCAUGGAAACUCGUUGCUUUCUCUCCUCUAACACCUUUGCCAAAACCGUGGAGCUUGCUCCCUCCUUCAAAACUAGAGUAUUCUUCAACCCCAAGAGAAGUUCUACGCAGUUUCAUUACAAAAAAGUUGGUGUUUCAUCUUCUAUUUCAUGUUGUCAUUUACCAUCAUCAUCGUCGCCGGCUGGUGAUGACAGCCAACCUCACCUUGAAGCUGAUUGGCGAUCAUUUAGAGCAAAAUUGGUUGCCAAUGAGCAAGCUUUUAGGCUCAAUACUGCGCACUCGUCAACGGUGGAUCUUGAUACUGCGGUGGGAGUGGAUACCGAUCAUCCUCUGCAAGUCACAAUUGGACACAAAUGGGCCCAUGCCAUCCAAGAACCUGAAAAGGGAUGCCUGCUGAUAGCCACAGAAAAGCUUGACGGGGUUCAUAUUUUCGAAAGGACGGUGAUUCUUCUAUUAUCAGAAGGCAAUCCAGGCCCCUAUGGGAUCAUACUCAAUAGGCCAUCCCUCAUGUCCAUCAAGGAGAUGAGAUCAACGGUGCAAGAUGCAGCUGGGAUGUUUUCUGAGAGGCGAUUGUUCUUUGGUGGACCAUUGGAGGACGGGUUGUUUCUAGUGAGCCCUGAAAGAGGCUAUGAUAAUCAUAUGGUGGAGAAGAGUGGGGUUUUUGAACAAGUAAUGAAGGGAUUAUACUACGGGACUAAAGAAAAUGCUGGCUGCGCAACUGAAAUGGUGAAGAGAAAUGUGGUUGGGAUAGGGGAUUUUAGGUUCUUUGAUGGGUACUGUCUGUGGGCGAAAGAGCAGUUGAGAGAAGAAAUAAUGGCUGGUUAUUGGACAGUAGCAGCUUGUAGCCCAAGUGUAAUUAGGCUGCAAAACGUAGGCACCCAUGGGCUCUGGGAGGAGGUCCUUGGGCUCAUGGGUCCAAAAAAAGUAUGGUGAUAUCAUAUUGAUGGUUCAUGCUGGUUAGGUUUUAGGGCAGAACCGGGGCAAAAGGGGAGCUUCUUAAUGGUGCGAUCAAAAUCAACAGAUCAUUAUAUGCUCCAAAUCUGUGUGGGGCUUAAUUGUAAUAUGACUUGAUAUGCCAAUUCCAUCCCAGUUCCUUAGCUUUACUUGCAAACUUAGCAAGAAAAAGAAAAUUCUACUUGUUUAUUCAUAACCCAGUUUAAUGUUAAUGUAUAUUUUGAUUUUCCUAGCGUUUUAA